AUGGUUUCUGAAUUAUGGAAAUAUUUUGAUAAAGAUGAAGGUAAUUUUGCAAAAUGCGUCAUCUGCGGAAUUCUAAUUUCACGGGGAGGAAUACUGAAAAAUUCCUUCAAUACAACUAACAUUAGGAAACAUCUGAAGCGUUGCCAUCAAAAGGAAUUCGAAGAGCUAACACAAAAAGAACGAGAAAUAUUAGAAAAAACAAAUCAAAUUUUCAAAAAAAAGAGCCCUGAAAGGGAAAUGAUAGCGUGUGACCACCAGCCGAUUUCUAUCUUGGAGGAUAUAGGCUUUAAAAGGCUUUUACAUCAUUUAUGUCCAAAUUACAAAAUUCCCAAUAGAAAGUAUUUUUCGCAAGGAGUUAUUCCAGAUAUAUAUGAAAAACUCUCCGAAAAAAUUCGUAAAGAAAUUUUGGUUGACGAUUCUUUUUUAUCCUUUACGGUAGAUAUAUGGACUAGAAAUUCAGGUGGCGAUUCUCACAUCUCAUUAACAUGCCACUAUAUAAACCAAAAUUUUCAACAAAUUAAUAGAGUUCUAAAUGUUAAAACAUUUAAUGAGUCGCAUACAGCAAUAAAUAUUGCUCAAAUUUUAGAUGAAAUUAUUAAUUAUUGGGGUAUAAAGAAAAAUAAAUUACACCUAAUCAUUAGAGAUAAUGCACCCAAUAUAACUUUGGCCAUGAAAAAUGGGAAAUUUCAAAGGGUUUCGUGUUUUGCACAUAGUUUGCAAUUGGUUGCACAGGCAGCAAUUUUAUCACAGAGAUCUAUUAUUGACAUGCUUGCCCGGGUUAGAAAAAUAGUAGGACACUUUAAACAUUCUUCUAUUGCACAAAAUUGUCUAAAAGAAAUCCAAAUUCGAUUAAGUCUAGCCCAGCACAAAUUAAUCCAGGAUGUGCCCACCCGUUGGGAUUCUACCUAUUAUAUGCUCGAAAGAUUGAUAGAACAAAAAAGGGCGGUACAGCUGUUCAUUAUCGAUAAUCCUAAUUUGGGAUGGCAUCUAUGA